AGAACACCAUAACCCACAAUUCAACGCAAGUUGCCAUGCAACCAUGGCGGCCACCACUCUCAAUGUGGAAAGUGUAACAGGACUGUUAGAGGACUGUUUAACAAAACUGGGGUUUGAAGUCUAUCAUCUAAAGGUUGGUUGGUAUAACUCUGUACUGCCUCCCUCACUGCGCCUGGCUUACCCAGAUGACACUCUGGCUGUGGUGGUGCUCAGCACUCCUGCUAUGUUUGAACAAGCCUUCUUGCCCUUCAUGGAGGAGAGGGGCUGUCAGGGACUGUCAGACCCCAUAGAUCAGUGUGUCAAACACUGUGUCACCUCUGCUGUCUCACAGUGUUUUCCAGGACAGAAGGUGGAUGUGAGGUAUGACUACGAGCUGCUGCCCAGCAGGAAGCCGAAGUUCUUGGCACAGACUGCGGCUCACGUGUCUGGAGCAGCCUUCUACUACCAACAGUCUGAUGUCAUGGACCAACCCUGGGCUGAAAAAAAAAUAUUCGGAGUGUGUGUGCAUCCAAGGUUCGGCGGCUGGUUUGCCAUCAGAGCUCUGUUGGUGUUUGGAGAUGUGAUGGUGGGCUCUGAGGUGGUGCAGCCUGCUCCUCCUGACUGUGUGCCCACCAGAGAGGGCAGGAUACAGCUGCUGGAGGCUUUCAACUUUCACUGGCAGGACUGGAGCUACAGAGACAUUGUCCCUCCAGUCCAGACCUACUCUCAGAAACAGAGGGAGUAUUUUUCCACUCCUCCUGCUCAGCGGUCUGCUCUGCUCAGGACUUGGGGCUUCCUACCAAGGGAAGACCAUCAACCUGAAACCAACCCAGACUCACAGAGCCAGAUGAACGGACAUGGCUGACAGAGAGGAACAGCUGCGGAGUGGAAGUAUCACCCAUUCACUCCAGGCACAAACCUCCACUGCUCGUCAGACUUUUAAUUAAAUUUUGAUUGAACCCUGAUCGACUGGCUGAUUGCUCAAGCCUAAGCUAAAAUGCUGAUCUAAGCACAUAAAGUUUUGGUGAAACCUGCUUCAUGGUAUGUGGGAUACUUUUCCAGGACUUGCAUAUGAAUGUUAACUGCUGUGCUGCUGCUAUAUGAUGAGUUACCUCACAUGUUCACACUACUUGGAAAUAUGGUCAUAUUUAAAAGGCAGCUCCUUUUAUUGUGUCAUUUAAUCCUGAUACACUCAUACAUAUUGUAUGAAAUCAAUGCUAAGGACUAUUACAGGCUUUGUAGCUGCCUUCUGAAAAGACAGUUACAGCUGAGUACAAUUUCUGUUAAGUAAAAAUGUCAUUAAAAAUUCCCAAUCUU